AGUUACGUAAAAACAUACUACUUUUCUCUAAUUUAUGUAUUUAUUUAUAUAUUUCUUAAUCUGCAUAAAAUAAUCAAAUAUGUAGCUCAUUCAUUAUUGUGUGAUUCACAUGGAGGAUCAAUUAAUACUCUUAUAAAGACCACAGAAGGGAGUGGUACUGUAUCAAACAAUCUGAAAUGGCCAAUUCUGAGUGGUCUCAAAUUCUGUUCAUAAUAUUGGGAACCCUUUUCAUAUGCAACAUCAAUUUUGCAUUUGCAACAGACCCAUUUCUUCAACAAAACAAAGACAGGGUUAAUGAGGCACUCCCAGGUCAAAACUUCAACAUCAACUUUAAACACUAUUCUGGGUAUAUCACAGUGAACGAGGAUGCUGAUAGGACACUGUUUUACUGGUUCAUUGAAGCAGAUCAUGUAGAUCCUACUUCAAAACCACUGCUUCUAUGGCUUAAUGGUGGUCCUGGUUGUUCAUCUAUUGCUUAUGGUGAAGCUGAGGAAUUUGGUCCUUUUCAUAUUAAUUCAAAUGGCACCCUUUAUCUUAAUCCUUAUUCUUGGAAUCAAGUUGCCAACAUUCUUUAUAUUGACUCUCCUAUUGGAGUUGGAUUUUCAUAUUCAAAGAAUUCAUCCGACAUUCUCAACAGUGGUGAUAAGAGGACAGCUGAGGACAAUCUCAUAUUUCUAUUGAAAUGGUUUGAGCGUUUUCCCCAGUAUAAAGAAACUGAAUUUUACAUCGGUGGUGAAAGCUAUGCAGGGCAUUUUGUUCCCCAACUUAGCCAACUUAUUGUCAAGCACAACUCAGCUACAAAACAAAAUUCUAUAAAUCUGAAAGGUUACAUGGUAGGAAAUGCUCUAACCGAUGAUUUCAAUGAUCAAUUGGGGAUUUUCCAGUUUAUGUGGGCAACUGGUAUGAUUUCGGAUCAAACAUUCAAGCUCUUGAACCUACUAUGUGAUUUUCAGUCAGUCGAACACCCAUCACAAUCAUGUCAAAAAAUGUUGGAUAUUGCUGAUGAUGAAUUGGGUAAUAUAGACCCAUACAGUAUUUUUACCCCUCCUUGCCAUGGUAGUGCUAAUCAGCGGCUUAAAAGAACGCUUAGUGUUGGAAGACUCAGAAGUGUGUAUGAUCCUUGCACAGAGAAGCACAGCACUAUAUACUUCAAUCGACCAGAGGUCCAGAAGAUUCUACAUGUUGAUCCAGAUCAUAAACCUGCUAAAUGGGAGACCUGCAAUGAUGACGUAUUUUCAAACUGGAAGGAUUCACCUAGAACAGUGCUCGAUAUAUAUCGUGAACUUAUUCCUACUGGCCUGCGAAUAUGGAUGUUCAGUGGUAAUACAGAUUCUGUACUCCCGGUAACAUCUACUCGCUAUACCAUAGCCGCUCUCAAGCUUCCAACUGUGAGCCCUUGGCGUGCAUGGUAUGAUGACGGAGAGGUAGGAGGAUGGACUCAAGAGUACGCCGGACUCACGUUUGUAAACGUAAGGGGUGCAGGGCAUGAAGUUCCUCUGCAUAGACCAAAACUUGCUCUAAUACUGUUCAAAGCCUUCUUAGCAGGAACUUCCAUGCCAACUCUUGAACCACUCUCACUCACCGCCGCCUAUUGAUAUGAUUGAUUCAAGUUUAUGGUUGUUAAAUUUCUGUUUUGUGUCUGUUUUCCAUCAAACAUUCAUCAAUAAUAUUAUUCCGGUCCAUGCUAUGGAGCACAAGUUAUUCUUACAGGAAAUGCACGAGCGCUGAUAUGUCUUGUUUCUAAAGAAACAUGAAGUGGUUAUCUUAUCUCCUACAUCUGACAGAAAUCGGGCGUCAUGGAGUAUGAAAUAGCCAAUCAAAAUGUUUUGUUGACUUCUUCGAUGCAUUUCUAUAUUUAUCGAUUUUUUCUCUUCAUAGAGUUGUACUCUAAAGAGAGCUUAUUUAA